GAAUGUUAUGAUGGGCUGCUGCGACAAAUGACUCCACCGAAUUGUGCGUUCGAGAACCAGAUGCUGCAGCGUAACACUCAUACCUGUGAGCUGCCGGACGAAGAAAGGGGCGCUUGUCUGAACUAUUCAACACUGACAUCUCUUGUAAAGCUUUACCCUGAAAGCACACUGCACCGGAUCGGAAACAUGUUCAGGUCAAAGAAAAAGAAAAUCAGCAUCUCCAACGACAACCCUUCUUACACUGUUCUAUAUCUUGGGAAUUCAACCACAAUUCAGUCAAAAGGGGACGGAUGUGCAGACGUUGCCGUAAACAAAAUUUGGACCAAGAGCGACAAUGGGAAGAACGGCACAAAAAUGAAGCUUACAAUUAGUUCACAAGGUAUUCGCAUGGUGCACACAGACGAGAAGACGAAGAAGCCCGGGCACUUGUACUUACUGCACAGGAUAACUUACUGCGUCGCUGACACACGUUUUCCAAGGAUAUUUGCUUGGAUUUACAGACAUGAAAUCAAGCAUAAAGCUGUAAUGCUCCGAUGCCAUGCAGUGCUUGUAUCAAAACCUGAGAAAGCCAAAGCCAUGGCACUUCUCCUGUACCAAACUUCAACCACGGCUCUGGCCGAAUUUCAGAGACUUAAACGAAGAGAGGACGCCAGACAUCAGCAACAACUUCUGAUAGGCGAGCAGACAAUCCCACUGGUCCCCAUGAGGAAAUUGAUGAAUGGACAGUGCUACUAUAAACCUCCCGUGGAGCGCAGCAAGAGCGCACCGAAACUCGGCUCCAUCACCGAAGACUCGAUUGGGGAGGAGGAAGAGCAGAGAACGUCUGUACUUUUCGAAUGCGACGAGUUUCUAGACGGAGACUGUUUCGAAGACAGAAAAGAAGAACUGUGUGUGAUAAUAAACGACCUGGGAGAGCUGUGCAUGGGAAACGAUCCACACACGUUGAAAACGGACAUGCAAGUCACACGGUUGCUCUCCGGUGAGAGUACGGGCAGUGAAUCUUCCAUCGACAGCAAUCAGGACUUUUGCUCCAUCACUUAUGACUCUGAUGAAUCGUCAGACGACAAAAGUUCAGAAUCUACGUAGGACAGAAUUGCUUUGGUCGUUAUGCGGUAGGCUGCUAAGCCUGUGCAGGACUGUAUUGUAUUCACACACGAGUAAACCUUCAUUUUCAUAUUCAGUAAUAGCUAUAGGCUAUCGGAGACUUAAGGACUUUGGCUAUAAUGGACUGAAUGAGUUGAUGUUUUCAUGGUCAUAGACCUAACACAUUGUUAGAGGUCUUUAACUGUAUUUAGCGUCCCCUAGACAUUGGCCUUCGUGAUGGUCUAUAUUUCUGUCUAGUUAUUGUCUGAUCAAUACUUUACAUUUGUAUUGUUUUUAUUGUUAUCAAACUUUUCCAAAUAUAUAUUUGCUAUGCAAAAGUUGGAUAGUUCACUAUAAAGCAGACCUGCAAGUGAAAGUUCCAUGUGCUGCUGGAACUCGCUGUGUUUUCCAUUUUUGUUUUGUAUUGUGGCUGUCAUAUGCGGGAAAUAAAUUCCAAAUCAUUAUGCUG